GCUAGACACCAUCGGCAAGAAACAUAAGCAAUUCUUUCUCGUAUAUCGUUAAUCACAUUUAUCCCGUAGAAAUGAAUUUCACGAAAAAUAUGGCAGUUACCUUGUUUCUAUCAGCAAACCUUCUCUUCUUUAGCCUGGGCAGUGCAUGUGAUGACACUAACCCUAGCCCUAAUGUACCGAAGUCACCUCCUCCUGCAACGCCGAUUUCCAAGCCGCCGCCUCCUUCGAGUCCGGCUUCUAAGCCAAUUACUCCAACUUAUUCUACAGGAAAAUGCCCUGAUCCGCUGAAAUUAGGAGUAUGCGUGAAUGUGCUGAAUUUAGUUGAUAUCGUUGUUGGAUCUCCUCCGACCCUUCCAUGUUGCAGUCUCAUCCAAGGCCUAGUUGAUCUCGAGGCUGCUCUCUGUCUCUGCACUGCCAUUAAGGCCAAUGUUUUGGGAAUAAACCUAAAUGUUCCGAUUGCACUCAGCUUAGUUCUAAAUAACUGUGGUAAGAAAGUACCAAACGGAUUCGAGUGUUACUAAAAUCGUAUAGUCGUCAUGCGCGCAUUACACCGGGGGUUUCAUGAUACUUCAUUGUUAAUUUCUUUUAUUUCAAUUUUCUCGCUAAGUGUAAUUGUAUUCAUUAUUUCAUUCGUCCUUGCUAUAUGACAAUAAAGAAAUUUAUGUUCAUUAUCGAGUGAUAUUUUAAAUUAA